AUGAAGUUCAUUGCUACAAUCUCGGCCGUUGUCGCGGCCUGCGCUUUAGCCGCUUCGACAGUUGAUGCCGCUGGAGCAGACGGCGCUCCUUGGGAUUACAAUCCUAACGAUGAGGAAAGGGCCAGCCCGGCACAGUGGGGUGCACACUACCCUUCGUGCAACGGCACACGUCAGUCCCCGAUCGACAUUGUGUCUGCUGACGCCGAGGAGCGAAUCAAGGCUAAAAGCACUCUACGUUUCAGGGGAGAUUGUCCCUCUUUCAACCUCACCCAGGGUGGAGAGGGCUUCAAGGGCAGUGUCGUCGAUGGUUCUUGCCAAGUGAAGGCGAACAAGGCCCAAUACGACUUGCUGCAGUUCCACUUGCACGCUCCUUCGGAGCAUACACUGAACGGAGAGCCUAUGGAUGGUGAAGUUCACUUCGUCCACAGCAACGCCGAUAGCUCAGCGCUGCUUGUGGUCGGAGUUUUCAUGGAGAUUGAUCCUUCCGGCAACACGGAUCCAUGGUUGGAGACGGUCAUCGAUGGUAUUGACGACGUUUCCCCUACCAAACCGAUCAUGUUGGACUUGACGUCCUACUCGACACUGAUCAAGAAGAGUGUCCGAGGUGGUGGCCUUUACAACUACCCCGGCAGUCUUACGACUCCUGGUUGUGACGAGAUUGUCGAUUGGUGGGUGGUGGAGAAACCGAUGAAGAUUUCGGCGAAGGACCUCACUCGCAUUCGCGAGAACCAGGGAGAGAUCGAAAUGAACUAUAAGAGCGAGAACGCUCGCCCGGUGCAGGCACUCAAUGACCGUACUGUUAAGAGCUUCAAAUAG